AUGGAGGAAAAUGCUCGCGGAGACCCCGAGCAGGAGUCCAAUCGGGCCAUCCUGCCUCUUAUCGUGCCAGCUGGCCACCAGCAGUGCCACAGGAUCACCAACUUUUACAUCGACGACAUUUUGAGACCGGAUUUCGGUCGGAAGCGAAAAAGCGGCACUCCGAUCCGAGAGGGACUCGCGAGAAGAGACCCCCGAAUCGCCAACCCCGGUGUUGGCGCGCGAGCGGCGGCAGCAGGAGUCGGGGGCGACUCCGCAUCAUCCGACGGCAAGCAUCCCCGCGGGACGGAACCGAUCGGCACGGAGGAGACCGAGAAGGUCCGCUGCGGCAGCCCGAGGGCCGGCUCGGCGUCCGACGGGGGCAAGCAGAUGCUGUGGCCCGCCUGGGUUUAUUGUACCCGCUACUCGGACCGUCCGUCGGCAGGGCCCAGAUCCCGUAAGCCAAAGAGGGCUCGGACCCCGACCAAAGAAGACAAGCGACCCCGGACGGCCUUCACCGUCGAGCAGCUCCACAGACUCAAGAGCGAGUUUCAGACGAACCGCUACCUGACCGAGCGGCGGAGGCAGGACCUGGCCCGGGAACUCGGCCUCAACGAAUCUCAGAUCAAAAUCUGGUUUCAGAACAAAAGGGCCAAAAUGAAAAAGGCCACGGGGAAUCAAAACGCGCUGGCGCUGCGCCUGAUGGCGCAGGGGCUGUACAACCACGCGUCGUCCAAGGACGCCAAGUCGGACAGCGACUAG